CGGGGGCGCUGGCGAGUUGCUGGGACUGCUGAGGGAGGUGAAAGAGAAGGGUCCAGGGCCCCUACGGAGGGCCGAGAGCGAGCUACCGAGGGUCGGGGGUGGGGGAGGGAGGCUCCCGUGGCAGAACGGGUUGCCGGGCCACAGCGAGUCCCGCCGCGCCGAGUGUCCCUGCGGCCGCCAGCUCAGGUGUCCAAGCCCCUGGCGGGACUCCUCGGUGGCCUCCUUCUUUAGACACUGCAGUUGCCAUGGGAACAGUUGGAAAUUAACGGGGACCAGACCAACCACAAGCCCUACCAGGGCCAAUCCCAUCCCUCUGGCUGAACGCCUCUGGCAGGCGUGGGCCUGGUAUUUCUUUGCAGCUCAGGCUUUUUUCCCCCUCUUUUUCAUGGGUUUGUCCUUCAGACAUAAGAAACCACGCAGGGCUUGAAGGCAGGUAUGAGAGGAGAAGGGAGAGGGUAAUGCCUAGAGAUAAGAGCUGCAAACACGGCCAGGCAGAAGGUAAGGUGGCCUGUGCCAUCUCAGGUCAGUGGGAGGGCAUACUGGAAGGACCUGUGGAGUGGGAAGGCAGUGCCGCUUUUGAGACAAGUUCCAAGACUGGGCCAGGACUGUCCCCGGGGGCUUCUCAUCAUGAUGGCUGUGGAAGGGUCAACCAUUACCAGCCGGAUCAAGAACCUGCUGCGAUCUCCAUCCAUCAAAUUACGCAGGAGUAAGGCAGGAAGCCGGCGAGAGGACCUCAGCUCCAAGGUGACCUUGGAGAAGGUACUUGGAAUAACAGUGUCUGGAGGCAGAGGACUUGCCUGUGACCCCCGAUCGGGUUUAGUUGCCUACCCAGCAGGGUGUGUGGUCGUGCUGUUCAAUCCCCGGAAGCACAAACAGCACCACAUCCUCAACAGUUCCAGGAAAACCAUCACUGCCCUCGCCUUCUCCCCUGAUGGCAAGUACUUGGUCACUGGAGAGAGCGGGCACAUGCCUGCCGUGCGCGUUUGGGACGUGGCUGAGCACAGCCAGGUGGCAGAGCUGCAGGAGCAUAAGUACGGAGUGGCUUGCGUGGCCUUCUCCCCGAGCGCCAAGUACAUCGUCUCUGUGGGCUACCAGCAUGACAUGAUCGUUAAUGUCUGGGCCUGGAAGAAAAACAUUGUGGUGGCCUCCAAUAAAGUGUCCAGUCGGGUGACAGCGGUGUCCUUCUCUGAAGAUUGCAGCUACUUUGUCACUGCAGGCAAUCGGCACAUCAAAUUCUGGUACCUCGAUGACAGUAAGACCUCAAAGGUGAACGCCACCGUGCCCCUGCUGGGCCGCUCGGGGCUGCUGGGGGAGCUUCGCAACAACCUGUUCACUGAUGUGGCCUGUGGCCGAGGGAAGAAGGCCGACAGCACCUUCUGCAUCACGUCCUCAGGGCUGCUGUGCGAGUUCAGUGACAGAAGGCUUUUGGAUAAGUGGGUGGAGCUGAGAACCACUGUGGCCCACUGCAUCUCUGUGAGCCAAGACUACAUCUUCUGUGGCUGUGCCGAUGGCACCGUGCGCCUCUUCAACCCCUCCAACCUGCACUUCCUCAGCACGCUGCCCCGGCCCCAUGCCCUGGGGACAGACAUUGCCAGCAUCACUGAGGCCAGUCGCCUCUUCUCUGGAGUGGCCAAUGCCAAGUAUCCAGACACCAUUGCCUUGACCUUUGAUCCUACGAAUCAGUGGCUGUCUUGUGUAUACAACGACCACAGCAUUUAUGUUUGGGAUGUGAGGGACCCCAAGAAAGUGGGCAAGGUGUACUCGGCUCUGUAUCAUUCCUCCUGCGUCUGGAGUGUGGAGGUCUACCCUGAAGUGAAGGACAGUAACCAGGCCUGCCUGCCCCCCAGUUCCUUUAUCACCUGUUCCUCAGACAAUACCAUCCGCCUGUGGAACACGGAGAGCUCCGGGGUACAUGGCUCCACGCUGCACCGAAACAUCCUCAGCAAUGACCUCAUUAAGAUCAUCUAUGUGGAUGGGAACACUCAGGCCCUGCUGGACACUGAGCUGCCCGGAGGAGACAAAGCCGAUGUGUCCCUGAUGGACCCCCGUGUGGGCAUCCGCUCUGUGUGUAUCAGCCCCAAUGGACAGCAUCUAGCUUCUGGGGACCGUGUAGGCACGCUUAGGGUGCACGAGCUGCAGUCCCUGAGCGAGAUGCUGAAGGUGGAGGCCCAUGACUCAGAGAUUCUCUGCCUGGAGUACUCUAAGCCCGACACGGGUCUGAAGCUGCUGGCAUCAGCGAGCCGGGACCGGCUCAUCCACGUGUUAGACGCUGGCCGUGAGUACAGCCUGCAGCAGACAUUGGACGAGCACUCAUCCUCCAUCACUGCCGUCAAGUUUGCAGCCAGCGAUGGGCAAGUCCGCAUGAUCAGCUGUGGAGCAGACAAGAGCAUUUACUUCCGCACUGCACAGAAGUCUGGAGAUGGAGUCCAGUUUACACGGACACACCACGUGGUACGGAAGACGACCCUCUAUGACAUGGAUGUGGAGCCUAGCUGGAAGUACACGGCCAUCGGCUGCCAGGACCGAAAUAUUCGGAUCUUCAACAUCAGCAGUGGGAAGCAGAAGAAGCUGUUUAAAGGGUCACAGGGUGAGGACGGCACUCUGAUUAAGGUGCAGACGGACCCCUCAGGGAUCUACAUCGCCACUAGCUGUUCUGACAAGAACCUCUCCAUUUUUGACUUCUCCUCAGGCGAGUGCGUGGCCACCAUGUUUGGCCACUCAGAGAUUGUCACUGGCAUGAAGUUUAGUAAUGACUGCAAACAUCUCAUCUCGGUAUCCGGGGACAGCUGUAUAUUCGUAUGGCGCCUGAGCUCUGAGAUGACCAUCAGCAUGAGGCAGCGUCUGGCUGAGCUGCGCCAGCGUCAGCGAGGGGGCAAGCAGCAAGGACCAUCUUCUCCCCAAAGGGCCGCAGGACCCAACCGGCACGAGGCCCCAUCGAUGCUGUCUCCUGGACCAGCUCUCUCGUCAGACAGUGACAAGGAGGGAGAAGACGAGGGCACCGAAGAAGAAGAGCUUCCAGCUCUGCCCAUCCUUGCCAAGGGUACCAAGAAGGAGCCAGUGCCAGGCCCAGCCCUGCCCCGAAGCCUGUCCCACUGGGAGAUGAGUCCGGCACAGGAGACGGCGGAGUUCCUGGUCCCAGCUCCUGCAGCCAACCAAGGACCCAGAAGAAGGGGCCGCUGGGCUCAGCCAGGUGUGGAGCUGAGUGUCUGCUCCAUGCUGGACCUGCGGCAGCUAGAGACACUGGCCCCAAGCCCUCGAGGCGCUAGCCAAGACUUGCUGGCCAUGACCCCAUCUUGUCCUGGGAAGCAUGGUCAGCAGGCCCCUGAGACCUCCCAUGCUAGCCAGAAGGAAAAGCCCCCUCGGCCUCAGGCUUCCCAACCCUGUUCCUGUCCCCACAUUAUUCGGUUGUUGUCCCAAGAGGAAGGGGUCUUUGCCCAAGAUCUGGAGCCUGCACCCAUCGAAGAUGGUAUUGUCUACCCGGAGCCGAGUGACAGCCCCACCCUGGAUACCAGUGAGUUCCAGGUGCAGGCUCCAGCCCGCGGGACCCUGGGAAGAGUGUAUCCAGGCAGCAGGGGCUCUGAAAAGCACAGUCCUGACAGUGCCUGCUCUGUGGAUUAUAGUAGCAGCCGCCUUUCCAGCCCCGAGCACCCCAACGAAGACCUUGAAGAGCCGGCCGAGGGUGAUGAGGAAGAGGAGGAAGAAGAGGGAGGCACUGGCUCCUAUGGGCUGCAGGAAGGCAGUCCCCAUACCCCAGACCAGGAGCAGUUUCUAAAACAGCACUUUGAGACUCUGGCCAAUGGGGCUGCUCCAGGGGGACCAGUCCGGGUACCAGAGAGGACAGAGUCUCGGAGCAUCUCUUCACGAUUCCUGUUGCAAGUGCAGACCCCCCCGCUCAGGGAACCAUCUCCCUCUUCCUCAAGCCUGGCGCUGUCAUCGAGACCAGUCCAGAUGCUGCCGGCUUCGGAUGAGCAGCUGAGAGGCAGUGGUGCCAGUCCUCCAGGAGCACCCCCAGAAGCAGAGCCCUCCCUUGGAAAUGCUGGCCCUCAGCAGGCAGUUCCUGUGCUUUUGCCAAGACGCCGUCUCAACCCUGACAGCAGCUGGGCUCCCAAGAGAGUGGCCGCAGCCAGCACCUUAGGUGGACUCCAGAAAGCCCAGUCUGUGCAGAGCCUGGUGCCGCGGGAUGACGCCCCUCCACCCGGCCCAUCGCUCCUACGGGAGAUGGAGGCCCAGGAGGGCCUGCGCUCCCUGCCACAGGCUGAUGGCCGUCUGUCUCGGCCUCAGUCCUACCAGAACCCCACCACCAGUUCCAUGGCCAAGAUUUCCCGCAGCAUCUCUGUCGGGGAGAAUUUGGGCCUGGCGGCCGACCCUCAAGCUCCUGCUCCCAUCCGAGUCUCGCCGCUCAGCAAGCUAGCCCUGCCCAGCCGGGCUCACCUGGUCCUGGACAUCCCAAAGCCACUGCCUGAUCGUCCUACCCUGGCCACGUUCUCACCUGUUACCAAGGGCAGGGCCCCUGGUGAGGCAGAACAGCCUGGCUCCCCAGUGGGCCUAGGAAAGGCACACAGUACAUCUGAGAGGCGGGCCUAUUUGGGGGAGGGUGCCCCUCCCAGGCCUAGGACAGAGUGCCAGGCUCAGCCUGGGCCCAACAGCCCCUGUGCCCAGCAGCUGCCGGUCAGCAGCCUUAUCUGCGGCCCUGGGAACUUGCAGCCCCCACCCCCUGAGAAGACUCCCAGCCCCAUGGAAUGCACCAGGCCAGGGGCAGCCCUGAGCCAGGACUCAGAAAGAGCAGUGAGCCUGGAGGAGUGCGAACAACUUGUGGCGGAGCUCCAGGGCAACGUGCGCCAGGCCGUGCGGCUCUACCACUUGGUGGCUGGCUGCAAGACGCCCUCAGAGGAGCAAAGUCGCAUCACCCAGCUCCUCAGAAACACCUUCUCUUCAGUGCGGCAGGAGCUGGAGGCCCUGGCCGGGGCGGUGCUGUGCAGCCCGGGUGGGAGCCCUGGGGCUGUGGGGGCUGAGCAAACACAGGCCCUGCUAGAGCAAUACUCAGAGCUGCUGCUUCGGGCGGUGGAGCGGCGCAUGGAACGCAGACUCUAGUUCCAGAAUCCUGCUCCAAGUGAAUGCUCCCCCUAUUCCAAACUGUAGCCCCUGCUCCACUCUCCAAAACCUGCAGGGAUGCUUGGAGUGGAGAGCAGGGAUCAGUGUUCAGAGGGGAAGCAGCUUUCCCAGCUACUCCUCAUGGGGCCCCUGUAUUUAUUAAUUUAUUUCCCUGUUGCCUCACUUUCUUGGAACUCCUGCCUCCACAGCCCCUUCAGUGGCUCAUGCAGGGUAGGUCUUGGAUCUUUGUCAUCUUGGUGCUGUGAGGCGUAGGAGGGCAGCCUGCCCCAUCUGGGGGAAGUUGGGAAGGCUGGCCCUCUCUUCUUAGAAGCCAUUUGAAAUUACUGCAGGGAUCAGCUCCCUGGGGUGGAGCACGCACAGGGUAUUCGGUGGGGUAGAAGUGAGAGGCCAUGUGGAAUCAGUGCCCUUCAGCCAAGAGCGGAGCUUCACCUCUACCUCCACUUCCCCUCCCACACCAGCUGUACUCCCCUGGCUGCCAGAACAGGGGUUAUCUGUUUUCCCCAAUUCCUGGCAGUUCCCAAAGGCAAAGCCCUCUAGCCCUCCAGGGCGUUCCCAGCCAUCAGGAGGCUUGAGUUGGUAUCAAGGCCUGAGCCCCCACAUUCCAUUCCCAUUCCCCCUCUAAGAGAGCCCUAGCAUUCUCUCUCUCCCUGUGCACCCCUUUCUCUCCUGGCCAGAACUUGUGGAGACAGCUGUGGGAUGUUGCUGCAGGACAGUAAAGCCCUCUGCUGGGCAAACAUAAAGCCCUGGCCUCAUUUUCUCAGCCCCUUGGUCUUCCCUGUCUUCCCCAUCCUGAUCCCCAGCAGGCUGCUAGACCCAGAGGCCACCUUCUUGCAUCCUGAGUGAUGCCGGUGUUAGACCUUCCCUCACGGUUUACAGGGCACCAGCCCACCUUCUAAGGACCUUGGCCACAGACAAAGUCUACACACACACACACACACACACACACACACGGUUUACAGGGCACCAGCCCACCUUCUAAGGACCUUGGCCACAGACAAAGUCUACACACACACACACACACACACACACA